GUGCGCACACCGCCGCUCAGCCGCUCGCGCUUCAUGGCUGCUGCAGGCGAAAACUGUGUGUAAACACCAGGAUUUCUGUUCAAGAAAAGUGUUUUUUAGACUGUAGGGUUAAAAUAAAGCUCAGACAUCAGUCAGGAAUGUUUCUAUAGCUCCUAAAUAGAUUUUCUGUGCGGAUCCUAAUGGAGGUGGUGGAGAAACUGAUUGCCGUGUCUGUGGACGUCAUUCUGGCACUCUCAGCACUAAACGCUGCAUUUCACCUGUUUAAGGAUCACAGAGCUCCAUCCGUAGGUUUCCUCCUCGUGGCAUGUUCCUCUGCGCUGGCAGUUCUUCCUUUAUCUGCCCCAUCUCUCACAGCUGCCCAGAAGGAUCUGGAAUGGGCCGCCGAAGCUCUUGGUCCGGUUCUGUCCGCAUUCGGGUUCCUGUGGCUCAGCCAGGACUGCUCCACCGCCUUUGUGCUUCUGCUUGGCUCCGCCCUUCUCCCACUGCUUGCUGAUUGGCUGUCGGCAGACGGGUUGGUGGUCAUGUCGCGCUGCGUGGGGUUAUCGGCGCUCUCCUGCUCGCUGACCGUCUGCCUGUUCGCUGGAAAUGCCCCCGGAGUGGUGGGCAGUGUGGCCCUCAGCCUGCCUGCUCUAGUGGCCCCCAGGGUCAGAGGUGCUGCCUUGGGCUCGAUCACAUCCCCACGGGCUGCCGGGGGGCUUCUGCGGUGGCUCCUCAAAGCCACUAUGGCUGGAGGCUGCUGGACAACAAAGAUGGCUCUGAAGAAAUUCCUGCAUGAUCUGAAAGGCUGGGAUUAAAGGGAUGCUUUUAUAUUAUCCUCAUAAACUUACUUUUAGCUUGGAGCUACGAGGCUGAUUUAGUUUACAUAAUGGCAGCUUAUGUACACCAGUUAGCAUGAUGCUAAAAAAAAAGAAAAAGCUAUGGGAGGUGUGCUUGCCUAAUUCACUGGCCUGUAUGUAUUUGAUAAUGUUUAUUCGACCUUAAAUGAUAACACUGUUACCUUCUAUCACUGAAAGCCUAAAAUCAGCUUGAUCAUGUUCUCACAGCUCAACUUUAACCAUCCACCAGGGUGGUUUAGGUGAAAGCAGUGCUUCUGUAUUUAUUAGGUUAAGUUUACAUGUUUACACUAUUUUUUUUUUUUUUUUUAAGUGUGCCUUCGUCUCUGGCUCCUCCAGCACUCCAGCACCUGUUAUGGCCAACAUAAUAAUAAUAUUUAUUAAUUAAUAGAACAGCUGCCUGCAUACAGAAAUAAUGAUGGGUGGAGCAAGACUGCAUCUGAUUGGCUAACAUUUCAUGUUUAUUUUGUUUUGUGACCUGAUGUUUAUUGUUUAAUCACAUUGUUUUAGGAAUCUAGUGUUAUCGAACGCUGGAGUCAUCUUUUCAUAUAUACAGUGGUAUGAAAGAGUGUUUGCCCCUUACAGAUUUUUGAUUUCUAACAUUUUUUAGAUUAUUAAACAAACUUUAAUAUAUAUACAAAUAUAACCAAUGAUGAUUUCAUUUAUUGAGGGGAAAAAAAUAUCCAUCCAUUAGUGAAAAAUUAACUAUGGUUAAUCACACUUUAUGGAAAGCUGAGUUCAAUUUUUCUACUAGCCACAACCAGGCCUGAUUACUAACAGACCUGUAGAAUCAAGAAAUCCCUUUAAUAGAACCUGUCUGACAACAUAAAGCAGCUAAAAGAUCUCAAAUAGCAAUGCAUUAUGUCCCAAACUGAAGAAAUUCAAAAUCAAAUGAGAAAACAAGUCAUUGACAUCUGGAAAAGAUUACAAAGUAAUUUCUAGGUCUUUGGGCUUAAAAAAGCAAAAUUAAGGUUUUGGAGUGGCCUUAAACACCUUGAACAGGACGUUAAUUUGUGAAAACUUUGAAUAUGGCUGAAUUAAAGCACUUUUGUAAAGAAGAAUGGACCACAAUUCCUCCACAUAGAUGUGAAAGACUCAUUUACUGUUAAAGUUUGUUUGAAAAUGGAAAAAAUAUCAGUAUAACAAAAAAAGCAAAAACAAAAUAAAUCUGUAGGGGGCAAAUACUUUUUCAUGCCACUGUAUAUAUUCAGUCGGGUACAGUAAUAGGCCCCGCCUUGCUUAUGUCACAUGAUUAUAUAUGACAGAGUAGUACAAUACAUACAUAUAUACAGACGGGGAUUCUAGGAUCAGAGGUUUAGGGGUGCUGGGCACCCAAUGAACCCAACCCAGUAAAGGGGACAGGUGUGUUACUUUCAUUAUGAAUGCAGUGCUGCUGUAUUUUGGGAUUGUUAAAUAAUAAUAAGUAUUAUUAACUGCAUAAAUUCAGUUUAUAUGUUUACAUUUAUUUUUGUUGGUGUUUUUAGCGUGCCUUCUUUUCAAGAUGCACUUGAUAUGGGUAAACCUUGCUGUCUGCAUAUAAUCAUAGGUUGAGCAAGACCACAUCUGAUUGGCUAACAUUUGAUGUUUAUUUUGUUUUGUAACCUGAUGUUUAUUGUUUCGCUACAUUGUUUCAAGAAUAUAGUGUUGUCACUAGUGGGGUCAUCAUUUCAUGUCCAGCUCAGUACUGAUAUGUCCAUAAUUUUCAGAAAGUUCUUUUUAUUUUUUUAUUUAUUUAACAACGUGAUUAUGAAUAAACUUUGAAUUACAUUGUUUACACGUCACUAGAGGUAGGAAUCACAGGGCACCUCAUGAUAUGAUAUUAUAAUAAUGAUGAUAUCACAGUACUGCGAUAUUCGAUUUAUAUCACAAUAUAUAUGACAAUUCUCUUUGAUUCUUCACAGCAUCUGUGAUACUGAAGAGGACAAAAUAUUACUAAAUGAACUAAUACCAAGAAUUAUA